CUCAGAUUUCAGUAGAGGAAGAAAGCGGAGACGUCACAUGGAGAGAUGCAACCAGCAGUAGCUGCUCCACCACUAAUCACACAACAUUAACAUAACUAGCUACUACAGGCUAACCCGACUAGCUGCUGGUUUCGCUUUUUGAUCUAUCACACAUUCAGAAUUGCACAUCUGCAAGAAACAAAAUUCACAGAGUGCAAAACGGAAAACGGCAUUGCGGUCACACAGUUGCCGUGGCGUCUUCUUGCAUCCAACUGGCAGGAUAUUUUGGCUAGCUAGCGAAGCCUCCGAUAGAAAACUCUGCCUUGGCUAGCGUCAGGCUAGCCAGCUAGCUAGCUAGCUACUAACAGCGCUAACGGUAGUUAGCUAGCUAGCGAGCUGUAGUAACUUGCGUCAUGGAGGAACUAGUCGUGGAAGUGCGAGGCACAAGUGGGGCCUUUUAUAAGGCCUUUGUGAAGGAUGUUCACGAGGGAUCAGUCACUGUGGCAUUUGAAAACAAUUGGCAGCCGGAACGUCAGAUCCCGUUCCAAGAUGUGCGUUUUCCUCCUCCAACAGGGUUCUGCAAGGAGAUAAAUGAGAGCGAUGAGGUCGAGGUGUAUUCACGGGCAAAUGACAAGGAGCCAUGUGGGUGGUGGCUGGCCAAGGUUCGCAUGGUGAAAGGAGAGUUUUACGUAAUAGAGUACGCUGCCUGUGACGCUACGUUAAAUGAGAUAGUGACGCUGGAGCGAUUACGGCCAGUCAACCCCAAUAAACCGGCCACCAAAAACACCUUCAUUAAGAUCAGACUGGAUGUACCUGAGGAUCUACGGCAGAUGUGUUCCAAGGAAUCGGCACACAAAGACUUUAAAAAGGCUGUGGGAGCGUUCAGUGUCACCUACGACUCAGAGAAGAAGCAGCUGGUCAUCUUGUCUGUAAAUGAGGUCACAACAAAGCGGGCCAAUAUGAUGAGUGACAUGCACUUCAGGAGCCUCCGCACCAAACUGUCUCUCAUUACGAGGAAUGAAGAGGCCAACAGACAACUGGAGAGCUCCAGACAGCUGGCGUCACGGUUUCACGAACAGUUUGCAGUUCGGGAUGAUUUAAUGGGUUUGGCCAUCGGGACUCACGGGGCCAACAUUCAGCAAGCACGUAAAGUUCCUGGAGUCACUAACAUCGACCUGGAUGAAGAGACAUGCACCUUCCACAUAUAUGGAGAGGACCAAGAUGCUGUCCGUAUUGCCAGGAGUUUCCUAGAGUUCUCUGAGGAUGUUAUCAAAGUUCCCAGGAACUUAGUAGGGAAGGUAAUUGGCAAGAACGGCAAACUGAUCCAGGAAGUGGUUGACAAGUCGGGUGUGGUGCGGGUUCGUAUUGAGCCUGAGAAUGACAAAAAGCCGUCUGCAGCAGCAGCGGCAGCAGCAGAUGAGGGGAUGGUGCCAUUUGUGUUUGUGGGGACGAAGGAAAGCAUCUCUAAUGCUACAGUACUGCUAGACUAUCACCUCAACUACCUAAAGGAGGUGGAUCAGUUGCGUCUGGAGCGUCUUCAGAUCGACGAGCAGCUCAGACAGAUAGGAGGUGGAGGUGGAGGAGGCGGGACGGGGCCCCGAAACCCGAAAGACAAAACCUACGUGUUCGACAACGGCAUGGGGCUUGGGAUGGGAAGAGGAGCUGGAGGUGGAGGAGGAGGGAAGCCUUACACAGGAGGAGGGAGAGGAGGACGAGGCCGGAGAGGCGGAGGAGCAGCUUUUGCUUCAGGAACCAACUCAGAGGCAUCCAACGCUUCAGAGACGGAGUCGGACCACAGAGACGAGCUCAGUGAUUGGUCGCUGGCCCCGACCGAAGAGCUGAUGACAGGAGGCGGGACUCUGCCCAGACGGACAGACGGGAGGAAGAGAGGAGGUGGCGGAGGACCGAGGGGACGAGGAGGGAGAGGAAGAGGAGGAUACAAAGGCGACGACAUGCAGUGGAGUGAGCCAAGACCUCGUCACGUCAGAGACCCCAAGACAAGAGCGCAGGAAGACACCCUACAGAUUCGUGUGGAUGGAAACAACGAGCGCAGCGUGCAGCACUCCUCAGGCGGCCGAGGAGGAGGAGGAGGGCCUUCCUCAUCCCAGGGUGGCAUCAGUACCGGUGGCGAGAACCAGUCCCGCCAUCACCAUCAGAGACCCAUCAGAGACCGAGGGAUGAAGAAGGACAAACAGGACGCUCCUGCGCUGGUGAACGGAGUGUCGUAGAUACACCACUGGAGGACCUUCUCAUUUAGACACGCACUCAUUCAGAAACACACAAACACACUCACACAGGCAACUCAUCAUAAACCAUCGUAGAGUCUCAGUCUGGCUUUUUUUUCUUUCUCUGUCUUUCGUCAAACACAAGAAUACACAUAUUUCCAUCAGCAUGGAAGCGUUUACCGUAGUGAAGUCUUAGACCAGAGGUGAUCUGGUAUCUGCUGGUCUGGUCUGGUUUAUUCUCGACUGGUGUUGUGUCUCCUGUUCUUCUCUGGAGUAAAACAAAACUGCUUUUUUCUUGGACUAAAGGAAAAGAAGAGGAGAGAUUUGACUAAAGCUCGUCUCUCCAAGAAGCAUUAAAACCCCAACAUGCUCCUUUUCCAUUUUUUAAAACCCAGCUAAACAGUUUUCUUUCUUCUGCCCCAUUUGGACUUGAGAAAAACAAAAGAAAAGAGGCGAAUAAAUCAAGGAUUGUAUUGAUUGACAGGAUUCAAAAGAAUUACAGCCACUUGAGAAGGCGGGAUGAAACACGUUCUUCUGUUCUUCUUUAGCCGCUCGCUUUAGAGAUGUUUUUACUGGAAAGGGAUUUGUAGAGAUGAUCUGAAAGCACAGUUUUAGGCGGCAGAUUCAGUGUUUUUCGCUGGUUGAGAAUUUGAUGGUUUAGAAGCUCCAAAAUCCAACACAAGAGUCGGCAGCAACACAGAAUAACAUUUAUAGCAUCAGUAUGUAGAUCAGAGAAUGUGAGAAAUUGGCUGCAUUUUCAACUCAACUGUUAAAAAAAUCCAAAAUACACAAUCUUUUGAACACAGAGAUAUUUUACUGUCACUAAAUAACUUGUGGGAAACAUACAUAUCUAAGGGGAUUCACGCCGGGAGAAGAUGUUUGUGGAGGGCACUUUAUGCAUUUUUUUUUCUUUGGAGUUAUUUGAAAAUUUAAAGCAUCCAUGUUUCAGAAUGAAAUACGAGCAGGUCUGCGCCAGCUCGUAAACCAAGCUCUCAUCUGUUCUCAUUGAAGUCGUGUGUUUUGUUGCCUGUUGCCUAGAUAUUGUAAUCCUCCUCCAGUCUCUUCAGCUGUCAGAGGCAGAAAUUGAAAAAACAAAUGGAGAGACAUAAAUCUGAGGCACUUUGAUGUGAAUCAACUGUUAAAAAAAAGAGCAAAUAUAGACACAUCAGCUACUCCCAAGAGCGUUUGUCAGGGUACAGAAUGUCAUGAACGGCUGUCCUUUUUCAAAUGAAACCUGUCAAUGACCAGACACACAGGAAAAAACCGUCUCUGAUCACAAAACAAACACUGAGUCAAGCCUUUAACACGCCGAAUCCAAGCAAUCUGCGGUUGUCGUCAACUGCAGUGGACCUCCUGUUUUUUCACUCUGACUCCCGUUCUUCAUUUAUCUCAUUGGUAAAGAGCUGUCAACAGGAAUCAGCACCCAACACCAGACUUGUCAACCACAUCGGUGAGGGCUGUAGACUAGUUUACUUCCACUUCCUUACAUCUAACAGAGCAGAUUUGGGCGCAGUAACGUUUGCUUUCAGACAAACAGGACGUCGUGCAUGUAGAGCAGCUAACUCCUGUCACCUGAGUUCUUCUCUAAUUUAUGAAAAUCUUUGUAUUUAACUUUGUUUUUUGCCUUUAGAAAAACCUCUUUUAACUAUAACUGUAGAGGAGUGUUUACUUACCUUGACAAAAUAAAAAUUUGGUCUAAGUUUUAUUCUUCCUGGUUUUCCAACUUAUUCUUGAGCCGAGUUUAAAUAUUUUUGUGUAUGAUUUUUUUGUUCUAUUGUUUGCUGGUUGCAUUUUGUAAAAAAAAAAAAAAAGUGGUUCUGAAAUCAUCUCACAGUGACGACAAAUUGAGUGCACUACUUCAUCUACCUGCUAUGUUAAAAGUUUAGUCUAAACCACAGUCAUGGAGCUGCAGUCUGUCGGUUUGUUGCACUGCUCGUUAUCUUUGUGCCUUGGAUUUAUGCUCCUCCAUUUCUGUGAAUGAGGCCCACUGGAUCAGAACCUUUAACACCGUCUGAUUACUCCUUAGUUUAGGACACAGUGUCGGCGGCUGAUUCUGUGUCUGUGAGUACGCCGCAUUGUAAGACGACUUCUACAAAUUCUGCUUGUGCAUUUUCCUCCCAGAACAGGUCCAGUGCUCUGGCCUCGCUCCACACUUGUCUGCCUCGAGCUAGACCGUCUCUGUGACGCAAACAAAAAGAGGAUUUGACAGUUCUGUCUUCAAAUAGCUGAAAGUGAGCCUGUCUAACCAGCACAGGCUUCCAGACAACAAAGAAACCAGACAAAACAAACAGCGUGUUGACUUCGAGCUCUCGUCUCAAGGUGUUCGGUUGACACCACUGUGAAAUAUUCUGCAUGGAAACAUCCUGACAGUCAUUAAAAUAGAGAGAGAGUACACUUUAGGUGGAAAGGAGGCUUUAAAAGAUCAUGUUUAUUCUCAGUCGUCUGUAAUUGUCCUAAAUCCAGGCUGACGUAGAUGACCUAGUGUAGAAAGUAUUUGUGGCUUUGUGAUAAAUACGAUGAAAAGGAGACUGACAAUAGGGUUUGUUAGAGUUAAAAACUGAAAUUCACUGUAAAACAUAAUUUUAAAACUGUUCUUUCAAGGUUUCUCUGUGCAUUCGUAGGCUUAUCAUUUCAUUAAAAUACCGUAUUACAACUGUUCACUGUAACAGAUAAUGUUCCACUGUAUCUGGAUCGAUGGAAUCUUCCAGUGUUGCUAAUCUCAAAUACUACUUUUCUUUACUCUGUUGUUCCUGUAGCAUAGGACUCCUUCAGGAAUAAUCAAGUCACAACACAAAUUUCUCUUUUCAUUGUGCUUGUAAAGGAAUAUUUAGACAUUUUUUAGAAAAUAAAUUUGAUUAAGAAUAUAAUAUAUAUAUAUAUAAUUGAAGCUAAAAGCUCAGUUAGACGACAAUAAACAUGAAGCAAGAAGCUGCAGGGGAUUAGCUAACCUGAUAGCCUGGCUUUUCCAAUUGUAACAAAACCUCUGAAUGUUUUCUGAAUUGGUUUUCACAAUUUGAGGUUUGACUGCAACUCUUUAAACCCCAAGUUCAAUUCUAGUCCGGCCAAGCCUUUACUUCAUGUCAUUUCCCUGCUCUCUUCACUGUUAGUCUAAUUUUUUUUUAUUGCAAAAGUGGCACAAAAAACAACAAAAUGAAUCUAAAUUGCACCAGUUGGUAGCAUCCUCUUCUGCAGUGGUUUAAGAGCACCCAACUGGAAAAUUAGAGCCACCAGAGAUCCAGUCAUGGUGGAUGGAUUAAGGCAUCAAUUUAUGUUUUCUUUUGCUCAUUGUCUUGAAAAUUCAGUUAGUAUUUAUGCUAAUUUGUAUUGAAACCUGACUAAAACGUGAGCAUGGUGUUGUUUCUUGAUUAACUCUUGACAAGAAAUGGAAUAAGUGUGUUUCACUAAAAUGUCGACUUGAACUGCAUCAGUAAAAUAAGUUUACAGUAGGUUGGAGCAACUUUAAGACAAAACACAUAGAAUAACAAAGAGUGUGAGUUUUAAAUAUGAUCUAGGCUGCGAAUGUUCAGGGAAACCUUACCCACAUUUUAUGCGACAUGUGCCUUCAAUUGUGGCUAGUUUCACAACCUAGACUUGUAAAUCAGGGAUGAUGAUGAGGAGAUGUUGAUAUCGGACCAGAUGAGUAAAGAUGCCAUUUCCUGAUGUGACGUUAAGUCCAACUGGGUCGUCACUGACAAUGCUGAGCAUCUCUGCGCUUCCUCUAAAAUCGGGCGUUUAUUGCGAUUUUGGCAGCAUCAGGAAACUCUUUACCCACCGGAUCCUUUCUAAACACUGAAGGUGUUCUAUCCUUGUACAGUCGACAAACAUUAAGCCUGUAGCUCCUGACCUGGUUCAACUGAUCUGUGAAACGGAUUCAGUUACUUUUGUAGAUGAGUGCAGUUCAUGGCCUCGAGGAGAGGAAUUUCUCCACAUGUGCACCCUUUUUGAUCUUGCAAAGCAGUGUGACCCAGUGUAACUUUAUUCUUUAUUUUUGUGAGAAAUGAAAGGAACUGAAGAGGUUGCAGAGGUUGAGCCAGGUCUUUUCUUUACCAGAGAUCAGUGUACUUUUCUAGUGUUGCGAUGCAUGUACAUCUUUAUUUUGGAGUUUGAAGACAUUCAGUAGAUUUUGGACACGUUAAAGAAAAUGUGCAUAAGUUUAGUUUUAAAUCAGUGUUAUUUUGUCUCAUUUCUCCACCAGUGAUGAGUUAGAUCUUGUGUCAGUGGAUGAGACAAACAUCAUCUUAGAGUCAGUGACACAAGAGGAACCUUUUACCUUCUAGGGAAACAUGAGUAAGGAAUCACGAAACAGGUUGUUUUUUUUUCUUUUAGAAGUUAAUGUUUCUUUUUCAAAAAAGUAUUAUGGGUGUCGAUUUCUUUAUCACUGACCUGUUAGGACCUUUGCUUUCACUUGCCGUUCACACUGCAGCCAUGAUGCUUUUUUGAUUUUCCCAGUGAGCAUUCUCUGCAGUGCAUCUACAAACAAGUGAAAGUAACCUCUAUAUUGUCAAUAGAGCAUCAACAGUAUGGAGUUGCUUUGUAUUGUAAAAAAACAAACAAAAAAACAUGGAAAAAAGAAGGGCGGGUGACAUACUGUAUAUAAUGAUGUCAUUAUUUGUCUGAGAAAAGAUUUGUACUAUUGUUUCCAAUGUGCACUUAUCCUGAUAUUUUCUUUUUUGCUGUUUAAUAUCAGUUAUAAUGCUAGAGCUCUUGAUAAUAAACUUAAUGAUGUGUGGAAAAAUAGUAUCCUCCAUAGCAGGGCUGAGUCACACACAGCUGUCAGUAAUAAUGAGAUGUCCAUAGUGCUGCAGAACUUGAAAAAUAACAAGGAGGUCGACUUAGUUUUUUAUUUACCGAACAGAGAAAAUCCACUCUUAACUGAAUGAGUCACAGGAACUAAAUUUUGGUUUUCAAUACUAGUUAGCACAGUAAUGAAAUGCAUCCAGUAUAUGCACCAGUGCUUACAGUGAUACUCCAUUCAAAAUAUAUUACUUAUUACACCUGUAAGUUUGCUUAGAAUAAUAUGUUUUAUAACGUCCACAGUGAGAAUAUUUGUGGACAUUUUGUUGCUGUGAAAGUCCCGAUCGUCUUAAGCCCAUUUGAUGCUUUUGCGUAAUAAUUUGUGACCUUUGAAACCUGUAUUUUCGUGGGUUGUCAGCUACAUCUCAUGGUCUUCCUCAGCUCAUGAAGUUUUCUUACUUGCUGCAUACAGUUAUCUGUUCUAACGUUGCAGUUCUUGUUUUUUUUUAGGUUAUGCUGAGGAAGAAACGGCUAAAAUUUAGCUCUAAAAUAAGCUAGCAACUGUACUUGUAGUUGAAGUGUUUUUGUCAAAGUUUGAGGGUAGCAUUAUUUUUAAGCUAAAACCCACCAAAUUAUUGUGUGUAGGUAAAGUUUACGACAGAUAAUUUGAGAAAUGUACUCAAAUUUCACAUGAGCUCAUGUCUUUGUGCUAACAGUGACAGCCAGGAGGGAGGUAGCUUAGCUUAGCAUAGCUUAAAAACUGAAAGCAGUGUGCUGGUUCUGUCUAAAGUUUAAAAACAAAAACACCCACCAACACCUCUUAAGCUUGUUUUUGUAACUUUAAACAUCAACUAAAAUAUAAAAAGUUGUGGUAGUUGUGGCUUUUAAGUAUUUAUACAACAUCAAACCAGACCGUUACUUAGGCUAGCUGUGAUCUUUUUUUCGCUUUCAGUCUUUUUGCUAAGCUAAGCUAACUGUCCCUGGCAAAAAAAAAAACAAACAAAAAAACAACGAACAUAUUGGUCUACCUUCUCGCAUGUACCAGUUUGGUAUAAGUUUGCCUCCUACAGUAACUGAAGUAACCUUUGUGAGUAAUAUUUUACGGUGGAUUUUCCCUUUAAUUUUAAGCCGCUAAACUUGUCUUGUACAUUGGUUCCUGAACUUGUCGGCUUUCCAUGUACAAAGAUCCCAGUCAUUUUAACCUAGCCUUUUUUUGUGAGUCACCACAGUGAUAAAUAAUAGGUGUUUCAUUUAGAUUCCCUUAUCCUCUUCUUCUUCUUUUCUUUUUGACUGGUAUAACAUUUUAACAAGGUUGAGCCAGGAAGAUGCUGGAGGUGAGAGUUUUCUCCCAAAAGCCAGAACCCUUGAACUGACAAAAACAACCUUGUACGUGAAUUCAGGAGGUAUUAACAGACUUUGUGGCUCCAGAAGAGUCAACAAAGGUCCAGCGUUCACAUCAGCUCUGUUGUGUCACGCCACAGAUAAUGAAAUUCCUUGCAUCUAAGGCUGUGCUUCAACCUGCUUGUUGGUGUUUCUUCUUGUGCCUCCUAACACCAGGUUCAGAGUAGAUGUUGGAAAAGAAACAUAAGUCUGGACAAAAUAAUGACCUUUUCAUGCUUUGGUUGGAUUUUCAGGGGGCGUUAUGAAAAAAUGUAAUGCUAAGGCUUGUACUAUAAGGGUCAAUGUACAUUUAAAAAAAAAAACAGGAAAGGACUGUUGCAUGCUGACCCGUUAAGGUCACUGAAGAAAAGGUGCUAAGGAAGCAUUUACUUGCGAGUCUCCUAUAACUUACUGGUUGUGACAUUGUUAUCCACUUCUGCUGUUUUCUAGUGACCUGCCAUGACAAUGACUAACUUAAGAUGAGUUCAGUCACAAUCAUGGUGGAAAAACAAGGAGUUCUAGCAUCUCUGUCUGGUAUCUAGCCAUUGUGAACACUGCGAAUGCAGUCAUACAGGAAAUAGACUGGGAGACGUGUCCUUAGAAACAGGUUUGUGAACCAUUUGGGAUCCCAAACCAGAUGUUGUAAACUGUGCAUAUUUUGAUUCAUCCUGGAAGUGCAAGGUGUCAUAUGGGAUACCUGCUAGUAAUUGCUGAAGGGGAUCCUAAAUGGCACCAAAUUUUGAAGAUUUCCUGUUUUUAGGAAGGAGCUUCUGCUUUGCAACUCCCCAGUACAUUAGAACAGUCAUAUUUGGAUUGGACUAGAAGUGUUUUUAUUUUUGACUGAUUGCAACAUAAUUCAAUGUUUUAUGUCAAAUGGCAUGAACAUGAGAAUAUAAAACAGUUGAAGGCUUUUAUUGUCAACAAACGUUCUGUUGAGGGUGUUUUCCUGCUAACUGAGAUGGUAGCUGAUUUUUAUUGAUAUUCAACCAUCAUGUUUGUCUUGAAAGAUGUUCUGCUCUAAUGUUCUGGUGCACAGUGUUUUAUCACCAUAGAAAUAACUAAAUGUGCAUUUACCAGAUACUGUAGAUGACUGAUUGAACCAAUUCUUGCUCUUAAAGUAACAACGCAGUGCUAUCAUACAAACGUGGUGACUGAAGUCUGGGCUAAACCUCUUCCACAAACCUAGAUUUUUGACUAAACACACCAAAAGAGAUGCUCUCGAAACAGGAGCAAAUGCUGUACAACAAUAAUGCAGAAAGCUCAAGAAUUUUAAAUGGAGAGUCCCAGUUCAGACCCAUUCGACCGUUUUGCACCCCUCUUUCACUAAGCAUUUAGUCAUGUCGGGUUGCAUUAUGGUUCUUGGGAAACCAGCAUGAGAAAAGAUGACCCAAAAUUCUUGUUGUUGUUACUCACCAGUCCACAGCAGACAUCAGCAGACCUUUUUUUUGCAGAAUGUAUAUAAUAUCAACGAAUACUAACUAUACACAUUGUGGGCUGUUCAACAAUAGAGUGCCAGAAAGUGAAGACACGAAGAGAAUCUGUAGAUACUUAAACCAGGGUAGUCAAAAAAGCUGUAAAACCUUGUGUGCACUUUUGGGCAUUUUAUUUUUUGUUUUCUUUUGUACAUACUACUAGCAUUUAAGAUGUUUGGGUUGACAUGUCUGGUUAUAGUGCAAUAUAUUUUGUAUGCAAGCAGUUUCAAUAAAUAAAGGUUGAUCUUCCUCCGUUA